CCCUUUUCCCGGAGCCGGUCUGGAGAGCCAGAACUGGGCGCUCGGAGUCCGCCGUAGAUCGAGGCGCCGCCAGAGCUGGAGAGUUCUCCGGGACCAAGCGGGGUCCUCUGAGCUCCGUCCCAGGCCGCCAGGACUGCAGCCUUGCCCUCCCCUGCCCCGCGCUGCCAUUUGGUCAGUCCCGUCGGUGCAGUCCCGGGUGGCUGCGCUGCUCCCUCAGGUGCCGGCCCCGCGCUCCCGCAGCGGGAGGCUUGACCUCGAGAGCAGCGUCCCAAACGCCCCCUCCCCAGUUCUCAGAGCCCCCCAGCCGAGAUGGCUUCAGUGACAGAAGGAGGCAAAGCUGGGGGCAAAGAUGCUUCGGACCAAAACUUUGACUACAUGUUCAAACUGCUCAUCAUUGGCAAUAGUAGCGUCGGGAAGACUUCUUUCCUCUUCCGAUACGCCGAUGACACGUUCACCCCGGCUUUUGUCAGCACAGUGGGCAUUGACUUCAAGGUGAAGACUGUUUACCGCAAUGAGAAGAGAGUGAAACUACAGAUCUGGGACACAGCUGGCCAGGAGAGAUACCGGACCAUCACUACUGCCUAUUACCGUGGUGCCAUGGGCUUCAUCCUCAUGUAUGACAUUGCCAACGAAGAGUCCUUCAAUGCUGUCCAGGACUGGGCUACCCAGAUCAAGACCUACUCCUGGGACAACGCCCAGGUCAUCCUGGUAGGGAACAAGUGUGACAUGGAGGAUGAGAGGGUCGUGCCCACUGAGAAGGGGAAGCUCCUUGCUGAGCAGCUUGGGUUUGACUUCUUUGAAGCUAGCGCCAAGGAGAACAUUUGUGUCCGGCAAGUCUUUGAGAGACUAGUGGAUGUUAUCUGCGACAAGAUGACCGAGACCUUGGAUACAGACCCUGCCCUGGCCAGUGGGGCCAAGAACACUCGCCUCACAGAUACCCCACCGCUCCUUCAACCCAACUGCUCCUGCUAGGCCUAGCAGGCCAUGCUCCCCUUGCCUUCGGGAACUCUCCCCAAACUCCUACUUUUCCACACUCUUUCCUUUCCCUUGAAAUUCUUCCUACUCCCACACUUUGUUAACUCAACAGCUCUCCUGCAGACCUCAGUAUCUCUCUUCUAUAACUGGUCCUGGUGGAAUCUGCAAUUUGUAUUCCAGGUCCUGGAGAAUGUGAUGCUCUCAACCCUUUGUGAGUGGGCCCUGCUUUAUAAAUGCUUUUGAGUUGGAAAGGA